AUGGCAACACCCGCCCACUGCGCCUACGCCUUUGAAGUCCUCGCGGCCAACUUCGAGCGCCGCCAGCCCUUGAGCUUGGCGCAGGUGGAGGAGCUGUGGGAGCGGUAUCACGCGAGCGGCGCCGAUGACGACGAAGACCAGGCUCAAAAGAGGAGAGACGAUGAGGAGCACGAUGAGGAGGAGAGUGGAUCGGGAGCGGAUACGCCGGCGAGUUCGCGCUCGUCGCUCUUCUCGUUUUCGAGUUCCACUUCCAAGCCGCAGCAGCAGCAGCAGCAGCGGAAACGGGAGGAGGGGAGGAGGAGGAGGGAAGAGUAUCCGCUGUUCGUGACGUGGAAUACGGUUUCGCGGGGUGGGAGCAAGAGUUUGAGGGGGUGCAUUGGCACGUUUGAGGCGCAGGAGUUGGAGGAUGGGCUGCGGGCGUAUGCUUUGACGAGUGCCUUCGAAGACGCCCGUUUCCCGCCAAUUCCACCAUCCCUCCUACCCUCUCUCGCCGCGCACGUCACGCUGCUGACGAACUUCUCCUCACCUACGCGCGACCCGAUGGAUUGGGUACUGGGCAAGCACGGCCUGCGCAUCUCGUUUACCGUGCAUGGCCGCCGCUACGGCGCCACGUACCUACCUGAUGUCGCGAAGGAGCAAGGGUGGACGAAGGAGGAGGCGCUGAUCUCGCUCAUGCGGAAGGCGGGGUGGAAUGGGAGUAGUUCGGCGUGGGUGAAGACGUGGAGGGAGGGCAAGGGGGAGUUGGUGAGGUAUGAGGGCAAGCAGGUGGGGUUGCGGUAUACGGAGUGGAGGCCGUGGAGGGAGUGGGUGGAGAAGUUGGGGGUGAAGAGUAAGCCGCUGAAUUGA